GCUCUUCCUUUCCGGGCGUAUAAGUUAGGACGUCCUAAGGGCACGUGCACUCUCGGGCCGAGGCAAGAGGGAUAGCAAUACGUUUGUAAACAUGAGGUCGCUACUACAGAUAGCCUUCGCGAUCUUAUUUUUAUCAUUACUAUGUAAAGCGGCGUGGUUUGGUGAAGAUAACAACAACGACAAGAUAGAGCUGACCGCUGACGAGGCGAAAGACUUUAACAAGCCGUUAUCGCGGGCUCGGCGUGGCCUGCAUCACGAGUGUUAUAACGAGGGCUGCACGUGGGAGGAAGUCGAGGAGGUCCUGGGUAACGGGCAACAGGCCCGCGAAUACUGGUAUACCUACAGGUGCAACAAGUUCCGGCAAAACUGCAAAGUUAUGUGUGCUUACAGAAAAGACUGCAGCUUUGGAGACUGGGGUCACUGGGCACCAGCAAUAAAAACCAACCAGCCUGGCUGUUACAGCCAGAAGCGUUUUCAGCCAUACCGCCACAUGACUCAGGUUACCUAUCGCCGCGAGGGAUGUCAAGGGCUACAGACCUCAUGCCCCUCAAACCCAAUGGAGCAAAGACUCAUGUGCGUAUGCAAACAGGCCGACUGCAAAGCAGGUGAUUGGUCGGCUUGGAGUGGAAGCCCUCAACAAGGCGAAUGUGUCACGCAAUCUCGUGAAAAGCCUUUCAUGGCCACAUACUCGUAUCCCCAGGUGGUCGGCUCGUGUGUGGGAAUCGUUGAGAGAUGUAACGCACCGACUGUGGACCUUCGACGCAUGUGUAGUUGUAAGCGCGUCACCUGUACUCUUGACGACUGGAGCGGAUGGCAAGGCACACCCAACGACAACCAGUGCGCCACGCAGAGGAGGACUAGGACCUACUCAGCCAAGGUUUCCUACGAGGUCCGAUCAGACUGCAGCGGUAUACCAUCGUCGUGUCCGGCGGAGAAGGCCGAAACGAGGGAACUAUGCAGUUGCAGGUACGCGAAGUGCAGUCUGGGGGAAUGGUCCGGGUGGGAGCCCAAGAGCCUUGACCAGGGCUCGUGUGGACAAAGUCAAACCAGGAGAAAGAGAUACGCGCUCUCAUGGGCCUACCAGAACCACGUGGGCUUAUGCCUCACCCUGCCACAGAAAUGCCCUGAUGACGUCACGGAGUCAAGGCAACAGUGCAUGUGUGCGUACCGCGAUAGCUGCGAUAUGAACGACUGGACGUCCUGGAGUGAGGAUGUGACGAGCGAAGGGUGUAAGGUGCAGGUCCGCAUACGGACAUAUGUGAGCCCGCUCAAACACAUGCAAAAAGCUCAGUGCGAAGGACUCAACCAGUGCAUUAAUGAACCGCAAGAGACGAGGACUUACUGCAAAUGCAAGACUGUACAGUGCAAGUUGGGGGAGUGGUCCGAAUGGUCUGGGGCCGACAUCACGUCGGGUUCUUGCAAUGAGCAGACGCGCACAAAGGCUUACACUUCAACAGAGGCGUUCACUGAUAAACUGGAUACGUGUAACGACGUACCAACGGCUUGCCCUGCGGACAAGAAGGAGUCACGGCGGAUGUGCAAAUGCAACUUAGUCACGUGUCAAGUAGGCGAGUGGGGCACAUGGCAGGGAGAUAUCUCCGCUGACUCGUGUGGUACACAAACGCGCUCUAAGGCUGUCUCCAGCACGCAUGCGCACAAAUACCAGGAGAACACGUGUGAGGGCUUGGCCACCACGUGCCCAGACACGCCCACCGAGAGCCGAAAGAUGUGUAACUGCUCGUACCGCGAGGACUGUUCAUUGCUGGAGUGGCAGGGGUGGCAAGGGGAUAUUCCAGAGAGCGGAUGCGCCCGGCAGAUCAGGCACCGGGAGUACAACAACUCCAUCAUCUACGUGCAGAGGGAUACAUGUGACGGGCUGACAAGCUGUCCCGUCAUCAAGGACGAGACAAGGACCAAGUGUAACUGUAACAAGAUCAUCUGUGAGUGGAGCAACUGGUUCCGCGAGAGUUUUGACCAAGAGACGAAUUGUUGGACCGAGAUGCGAGUCAAGAACGCAUCAUCAGGCUUUGAGAAAGUCGUCCAAAUGGACAACUGUAACGCAAUACCGUCCAUGUGUGACAUGGGCCUAGUGGAGAGACAGAAGGACUGCCAGUCUGGCGGAGGCGGUCACACAAUCAUUACUAGCCCCACCCCACUCCCAACAGUGGCAACUGUCGCCCCUACCACAGCAUUCGUUCCCGCCACGUUUGUACAAGUCGGCUGCUUCAACGAUGAUCAAGGUAGCAGUAAACGGAAAGGAGUUCGACCGCUUCCGCAUCUCUUCAAGAAUCUCCGUGAUCAGAUUACCGACUGGUUCAACUUUGAUCACAUCCUCCAGGGGUGUGCAAAUGAGGCACGAAACCUCAGGUACGAGUAUUUCGGAGUACAGUUUUUUGCCGAGUGCUGGGGAGGAAAAGAUCCCGAGGGUAACGAGGCGUACGCGCGGGACGGCCUUGCCGCUGAAAGCAAGUGCUGGAAGGGUGUCGGUGGUCAGCGGACAAACAUGGUCUACCGUGUUCAAGAUAUGCCAGGUUGCUCUGACGAGUUGGACUUCACCUCGAGUGUUAGUAGCGGGGCAGUGACUAGGAACCAUGCGGUGUGGUGUGCAGACCAGGCGGACCAGAACCAGUGGAUCACCGUCGACCUUAAGAACCCAGUCAAGAUUUCAGGUGUUGGUACUCAGGGCGGGACCAAGGACAGUUGGGUGACACUUUACUCCGUGGAGUACAGCGAAGAGGGAGAGGCCUGGGUACCAUACAAGGAGGAAACAGAGACUGCCAAGACAUUUGCUGGCAACUCUGACCAGUUUACAUUGGAGUUAUACUGGCUGAAACAGCCACUGAAUACGCGAUUCCUGCGCUUCAAGCCCAUCUCAUGGUCCUCCAGCGACAUCUGCAUGAAGAUCCGAGUAUACGGAUGUACUUAGGUGAUUACUUGAAGACAACCUUGGCAUGACCAGUUCUUUUUAAACGUAAUUGCGUCGUCACAUAUCCUAUAAACGCUAAUAAAAGGGAAUAAGAAAUGUUAAGGUCAA